GCAUUUACGAAUUAGAAGGAAAAGCAUACUACAGCAUCGCAGAGGAGAGUACAAAAAAAGCAGAAGUCUUCCUUGACCAAGAGAGAAUGCAAAAUUCCUCUUCUUGAUUGUUGUUGAUCCCAACAUCUAGCUCCUUUUAUUUUCUCUGAUUCUCGUAGAUUUGAAAUUCGGUUGAUUGCUUGUCGAAGAAGAUGUGGGCGGCUUCUUGCCUUGCGUCUUGCUGUGCAGCCUGCGCUUGUGAUGCGUGCCGCACGGUGGUUUCAGGGAUAAGCAGGCGAUCGGCUAGGAUUGCAUACUGUGGUCUCUUUGCUCUGUCUCUGAUUGUUUCAUGGAUUCUCCGUGAGGUCGCUGCUCCUCUCAUGGAGAAGCUACCCUGGAUCAAUCACUUUCAUAAGACACCCGAUAGGGAAUGGUUUGAAACUGAUGCAGUGCUGCGUGUUAGCUUGGGAAAUUUUCUGUUCUUCACUAUUCUAGCUGUUCUGAUGGUUGGUGUUAAAAAUCAGAAGGAUCCUCGUGACAGUUUGCACCAUGGUGGAUGGAUGAUGAAGGUUAUUUGUUGGUGCAUUUUGGUAAUCUUUAUGUUUUUCCUUCCGAAUGAGAUCGUCAGCUUUUAUGAAUCAAUAUCCAAAUUUGGCUCAGGAUUGUUUCUUCUUGUUCAAGUUGUACUUUUGUUGGAUUUUGUUCAUGGAUGGAAUGACAAAUGGGUUGGAUAUGAUGAACAAUUCUGGUAUAUUGCUCUGUUUGUUGUCUCACUUGUCUGUUAUUUGGCAACAUUUGUCUUCUCGGGAUUUCUUUUCCAUUGGUUCUCACCAUCUGGACAGGACUGUGGGUUAAACAUCUUCUUUAUUGUUAUGACCUUGAUUUUAGUGUUUCUUUUUGCUAUUGUCGCCCUCCACCCUGCUGUAAGUGGUAGCAUUUUGCCAGCAUCAGUUAUAUCCUUUUACUGCAUGUACCUGUGCUACAGUGGACUUGCCAGUGAACCAAGGGAAUAUGAAUGCAAUGGUCUUCACAAACAUUCAAAAGCUGUUUCCACUGGUACCCUCACCAUCGGCCUUUUUACAACUGUUCUAUCAGUUGUCUAUUCUGCUGUACGUGCUGGGUCCUCCACAACUCUUCUCUCCCCACCAAGCUCACCCCGUGCAGGGAAACCUUUACUGCCAUUGGAGAACAAGGCAGAAGUAGAGCAUGAUGAGAAAGAGAAAGCUAAGCCAGUCACAUAUUCUUAUGCCUUCUUCCAUAUCAUCUUCUCUCUUGCUAGUAUGUAUUCGGCUAUGCUUUUGACUGGGUGGUCAACCUCAGUUGGGGAGAGUGGAAAGCUAGUUGAUGUGGGGUGGCCAUCUGUAUGGGUCCGGAUUGUUACAGGGUGGGCAACUGCAGCUCUCUACCUUUGGUCUCUGGUUGCUCCCAUCAUGUUCCCAGAAAGGGAGUUCUAAAUGUCCUCUGGGUGAUAUAAGAUAUUAGUGGGUUUCAUGGUACUGUGUAUAUGUGAUGUAAUGACAACUUUUAGACAUGCUUGUCAAAUGGAGUCUCUAUAAAUACUGUCAAUAACAUUAUAAAACACGUCUUGUUGCAUUCA